CGUUCUGUUGCACUCCGCAGCAACAGAGCCAUACAACAUGGCGGAGUAUCCAGACCAAUAUGAAGCGUUCCGCGCCUCAUCUAUGGAUAAUAUGGAAGCAUGUACUACUUGCGGCAGAACUUUUGUUCCAGAAGUUCUAGAAAAGCACGGUAGGAUAUGCCGGAAAAAUGCGCAGAAGAAGAGAAAGGUGUUCGAUUCCGGACGGAUGCGAGCACAGGGGACAGAUAUCCCCGUCAACAAGACGUUACGUACACAGCCACUCGGCACACAGCCAAAGACAAAGAACGAUGUUUCCAAACAGACGAACCCGGUGAAGCAGUCGAAAUGGAGACAACAACACGAGGAGUUCAUCCGCAGCAUCCGCGCUGCGAAGGAAACCGACGUGGCGAUAAAGACCGGAAAGCCACUCCCUCCUCCACCUCCCCCAGUUGUGAACCCGGACUACGUCCAGUGUCCGCACUGCGAGAGGAGAUUUAACGAGGCGGCAGCAGAGAGACACAUCCCAAAAUGCGCCGACAUGAAGAAGAGAAUGCCAAACAAAAACGUCGCAGACGCAAAAGCAAGGACAAACGCUAGAACACAGUACCGGGCCCCCCUACCCGGGAAGAAAAAGCCAGCUGCAGCCAACUCAGCCACACGGAUGACUUCCACUGCUAACAGUGCCCAGAGCAGGGGAGUAUCCAGUGGUUAUGGCCAGCAGGCAUCUAGCGGUUAUGGCAUGCAGAACGGAUCAAAGAGAACGACAGGUGGCAGCACCUUGACCAAUGGCAGCUCACCAUCCUCAGCCAGAUCCACUGGUUAUAGAGGGUCUGCCCAGUCUGGCUAUCAGGGGCCUGCUGCAGGCGGCAAAGGAAGGUCUCAGUAUAGCCACCAGAAUUAUGACAAUGACAGUGACGACGACGGCUAUGACAACAGACAAGAGAGCCCCUUUGAUCACGGCAGAGGUGCGAUGCUCAGAACAGGCAGGGUCAACAACUCCCCUCCCGUACGACAGGCCAAUCAGAGACCGGCUAAUAGAUCGUCACCAGCAAAUGCAGCUAGAAGCAGCCUAGCCAGUCAGACAGAAAACCCAGCUAGCCAGCCAGCUAGGAAUGAUACCCACAGUCAGUCAGUCAGCGUAGACGACUCAAACAAGCCAGCUAGCCAGUCAGGGAGCGCUGCACUUAGCCAGCAAGUUAGGAAGUCAGGCAGAAGCACUCCUAUUCUUGUGCCCACAUUUCAAAAACCCAUUGCCGCACAGAAAGGUAAGGAGGUUAAGAGCCCUUCGCCAACAGUCAGGACACCGUCACCAAAGGGAGCUGAUAUCGCCUUUCCGCGACUGAUGGAUCCAAAUCCUGACGAGGACAUGAAUGAGGACCCCCUGGCGUCUUCGAGCAAGUUUAUCGCUCUCACGUCCGAGGAAGGCGAGCUUUCCCAUCCAGUUCCGCUUCUUCCCAAGCUGGACUUAUCGGGACUGAAGACGCCCCCCAGGACUCCCAGGAAGGGACGGCCGUCUCUUCUGACCAAGAAAGGCAAGAGUCACGACCAACCUCCGAAGAUCACCAAGCCGCUCCUUACCACCAGGGGAGAAGAGGUGGUAAACCUGCAGUCUACAAAGAAGCGCUUUGCUCAGACUACAAUGAAAAGCCCGAUGCGCCCUCAGCCCCUAAACAGCAAGUUGUCCCCCUCACAGAAGGAAAGUGACAGCGAUCGCUCCUGUCCGACACAGCUUGCACCCAGAGGCACCAAAGAGAAGGCAGUCCUUGCCAUAACACCCCCCUCGACACCGAUGGCACCCAAAGGGAACAAAGAGAAGGCAGUCAUUGCUAUUACUCCCCCCUCAACUCCGAUGGCACCCAGGGGCACCAAAGAGAAGGCAGUCCUUGCUAUAACACCCCCCUCAACACCGAUGGCACCCAGGGCCUGUCUGACACCCCUCGCAACCAGGGCCUGUCCGACGCCCCUUGCACCCAGGGCCUGUCCGACGCCCCUUUCACCCAGGGCCUCUCUGACACCCCUUUCACCCAGGGCCUGUCUUACACCCCUUUCACCCAGGGCCUCUCCGACACCCCUUGCACCCAGGGAGUGUCCGACACCCCUUGCACCCAGGGGCAACAGCGUGGUGACGCCACCAUACAAGAUCAGACCUGUGUCUCAGAUUGAUCAGGAAGUCCCCAGCCCAACUCCUGCCAUCAAGAAACCACUGCUGACACCAAGAGGUAAUAUUAAGGCACAAACAGUGAUCAACAGAACUGGCACCACCGGGCGCAAACAGAAGCGGUACUUCACAGAGCAACCAAAAGUCCAGUGUCCGACCUGUCCACUAAAGCUGAUCCGGAGGGCCGCAGAACGACACAUCCCUGUCUGUGAGGACAAACAUCGACGACUGGGCGAGAAAAAGCCUCCUGCAAAGGCUUUUCAGCAGGCAAAGAAGGCAAGGACAAAAGUUGUGGCAGUACAUGUAGACAAACAGCCAAACAUUGGUCUGGCAAAGCCAAAGCCCCACUCCAUGGCCUUGAGUUUGGCUGAGGAAGAAGAAAAGGAGGAAGAUGCGGAAACCACCAGAUUGAAGAACAGCCGCUUUACUCAGAGCUCUGAAGUGGAAAGCCAAGCUGGCACCACCGAGCGCAAGCAGAAGCGUUACUUCACAGAGCAACCGAAAGUCCAGUGCCCACACUGCUUAAUAAAGCUCAUCCCUGGUUCCGCAGAAAGACACAUCUCUUUCUGUGAGGAGAAGCACCGACGCCUGGGUGAGAAAAAGCCUCCAGCAAAGGCUAAGAGGAUGGUAGAAGUCUCCAAAGGUAAAGCAAAAGUUGUGGCAGCACUACAUUUGGAUGAUCAGCUAAAUAGUGGUCAAGCAGCUCCAAAGCUCCACUCCAUGGCCUUGUGUUUGGAUGAGGAAGGGGAAAAGGAGAAGGAUGCAGCAACCAAUAAAUUGAAGAACAGCCGCGUUACCUCGUGGUCUGCAGAGGAAAACAAAGCUGGCAUCACUGAGCCCAAACAGAAGAGGUACUUCUCAGAGCAGGUUAGAGUCCAGUGUCCAUACUGCCCAAUAAAGAUGCUCCCUGAGGUAGCAAAACGACACAUCGCUUUCUGUGAGGAAAAACACCGACGACUGGGCGAGAAAAAGACUCCUGCAAAGACUAAGAGGACAGCAGAAAUCAAAGUCUCCAAAGGAAAAGCAAAAGUUGUGCCCGCAAAACCAAAGCCCUACUCCGUGGCCUUGUGUUUAGAUGAAGAAGGGGAACAGGACAAGGAUGGAGAUGCAGCUAAAGUAAAGAAGAGCCGUGUUACCUCACGGUCUGUAGUGGAAAGCGAAGCUGGCACUACCGGGUACAAGCAGAAGCGCUACUACACAGAGCAGCCAAGAGUCCAGUGCCCGCACUGCCCCAUCAAACUGAAGGAAACGUCAUUACCUGAGCACGUCAAGUUUUGUGCAGAAGUUCAUGCCCGUCUUGAAAACAAGAAUCGUGGGAAAACUAAGAAGCAGACAAAGAAAGGGUUGAAUAAAACUGCGAUACUCCAGGAGCUGACAGAGGAGCCCUGUAGCCAGAAGCGCUAUAACCCGCCCUGGGGCCCUAACUACGUCUACUGCCCGUACUGUUUCCUAAAGAUAGACGCAAUGUCCGCACGAGAGCACAUCCCUUCCUGUCGUGCUGACCAGGAAGAACGACUGGCUGAGAAAAAGAUUCCAGCAAAACCAAAACUUUCCAAAGAGAUGGAAGCCAUUGCUCCAUCUGGACGAUCAAAGAAGACCAAGUCGGCCUCUAGGAUCCCCAUACCCAUUAGAAAACCGCUGCUGACAGCAAGAAGUAAUAUCUUUAAGGCACCAAAAGGCAAGAAGCUUUGCCCAUCACCGCUGAAAAGUAACAUUCCACCAGCUGAAGGUGAUGCCCAGGGGUUGCUGUCGAUGCAAAAAUCAAAUGCUGCAGAAAAAGAGACCUCACAUGAGCCCUUUGUGUCAAAGGCUACAGUGGCAGCCAUCAGCUGCAGUACCAAUGGUAAAGGAAAGAGGGAGCUGCCAAGCAAGCAAGCUGACACUGUACAGAAGAAUCUACUGGCAACUGCACACAUGGAGAAUGAGUCACUGACCUCUCCAUCUGAUAAUAUGAAGCCAGAGGCAGCGGUCUCAACCCUCAGUUGCAGUACCAAUGGCACAGGAAAGAGGGAGCUGCCCACGAAGAAGGCUGACACUGUUGACAAGGAUCUAGACACAACUGCACGUGUGGACGGUCAACCAAACACUGGUCAACCAAACAGUGGUCAAGCAAAGGAUAGGGAAAGGGAGAGCGAUGUGGAAGCCACUAAAGUACAGAAAAGCCUCAUUUCUCAGAGGUCUUUAGAGGAAAACAAAGGUGGCACCACUGAGUACAGGCAGAAGCAGUGCUACUCGGAGCAGCCCAGAGUCGAGUGCCCGCACUGCCACAUUAAAGUGAAGGAAGGGUCAUUGUCUGGGCACAUGAUGUUCUGUGGAGAUGUUCACUCCCGUCUUGAGAACAAGAUUCGUGGGAAAACUGAGAAGCAGGCUAAGAAAGCGUUGAGUGAAAUUGUGAUACGCCAGCAGUUGGCAAACGAGCCCAGAAGGCAGAAGUGCUAUAACUCACAGUUGGACCUUAACUACGUCCAGUGUCCAAACUGUUCACUUAAGAUGAAUGCGAUGCUCGCAAUGGAACACAUCCCCUUCUGUGAUGGCGUCCAGCACCCCCGACUGGGUGAGAAAAAGACUGAAGCAACAAUUGAAGGGACCGUCACGGCAGAAACAAAAAUUUCCAAGGGGAAAAAACAAGACGGCUACAAGAAAGAAGCCAUUGCUCCCCCCUGGACACUUGCAUCACCCAAACACAACCGCGGGAUGACUCUACCAAACAAGACCAGGCCUUCCUCACGGAUCCCUAUUACCAUUAGAAAAUCACUGCUGACACCGAGAAGUAAUAUGUUCAUGGCACAAACAGGCAAGAAGGUCUCCGCAUCAGCGCUGACAAGUAACGCUCCACAACCACCUGCAGAUGGUGGACACAGGAUGCUCAUGAUGCAAAAAUCAAACUCUGUAAAGAAAGAGAUCUCACGUGCACCCUCUGAGAACAUCAAGGCAAAGGCAGUGACAACACUCAGCUGCAGUACCAAUGGUAAAGGAAAGAGGGAGCUGCCCACCCAUCAGCAUGACACUGUACAGGAGGAUCUAAACACAACUCCACACAUUGGGGCCAAAGUUGUGGCAGUAUGUGUGGACGAUCAGCCAAAUAGUGGUCAAGCAAUGUAUGGGGAAGCAGCUGCUUUAUCAAAGAACAGCCAAAUUCCAGCUCCUCAGAGGUCUGUAGAAGGAGACAACGCUGGCACCACCAAGUACAAGCAGAAGCGCUGGUCCACAUAUCAACCAAAAGUCCAGUGCCCGCACUGCCCCACUAGAGUGAAGGAAGCGUUUUUACCUUGGCACCUCGAGUCUUGUGCAGGAGUUUACGCCCUUCAGGAGAUCAAGAAUCGUGAGAAAACUAAGAAGCAGGCGAAGAAAGCGUUGAGUGAAACUGAGAUGCGCCAGCAUCUGACACAGGAGCCCAGUAAGAAGAGGCAUCAUUCCUUGCCCUCGGACCCUAUAGUUAAGUAUGGCUUCAUCUAUGAUUGCCACGGUCAGGUCAGGCCCGCGUACAGGAAAUCCACAGAGCACGUCAAAGCCAGUACUGGUUACCUUUCAUCACCGCUCGAAAUGGAAAUGGAUUCGCCCUGGCCUAGAGGUGACAGUCCACUGAGUGCAUAUUCAAGGUUACCAGAAAUCCCUUCGGCAAGAGAUUCGUUGAGUACACUUACACCAGAAAUCCCUUCAGAAAGAGAAGAAACUGCCAUGACCUUAAAGCAGAGAAUUGAAGCCUUUGGAAACAGAGCCCCACCCACAUAUGGUUUUCCCUGGCCUGAAUGUGAGAGACUGCUGCUUACGACAAGGUUACCAGCAAUCCCUGAAGAAAGAGAAGAACCUGACGGUACGUUAACGCAGGGACCUGAAACCAGAGAAAGGGGUUUGCCCACGCCUAUAGAAGAGAUUCCGCUGAGUGAACGCUUGGACCUCCACUACACUCAGUGUCCAAACUGUUUGAUAAAGAUGACCGUGAGCUCUGCAAUAGAUCACAUCCCAAGCUGUACGCCUAGAAGGUUAAAGCAGGAAACUGAAAACCCUGGGAACAGAGAAAGCGAUUCAUGUCACAUGUCCGAAUCGUGGCCCAGCUGCGAGCUUUCGGGAACAGAAAGUGUGACACCAAAGUGUCUUUUAAAACUCAACAUUGAAUUCACAUCAUGGUGUUGGUGUUUCGAUUCUUCCAACAGGGGGAACAGUGGACUGAUGGGCGGCAUGAACUCUCGAACGCCGACUCCACCCUCGGUCGGGCGAGGGCGACCCCCCUCCGGGCCGUCUUCUGCAUCACGGAGAAACCGCGGCAGCGCAGGGUCGCAGCAGACUUAUGCAGCCAACCACAUGUCGGGGAACUCAAGAUACGACGACUAUGAUCAUGAAGACUAUCAGUCCACUGGGGAUCUACCGGAGAGAUUGACACAGGCCAUGCGGCUGGGAAGCACGGAAAACAUCGCUGGAAAGACCGCGUCCAAAUUCUGCCACGAGUGCGGGACCCGAUAUCCUAUCCCUAACGCCAAGUUCUGCUGCGAGUGUGGCACGAGGCGAAUCUGGUUGAUGUAGGCGGACAAAGCUUUAUAAUGAAAUAAAAGUAAUCUACUGUAUCAAAUCGGAUAUAUCUCUAAUGAUAGAGAAUGAUAACAGGAUGUAUUUUAGACCAGACCUAUAACUUUCAGAUCAAUGCUUCCAUGUUCAAGAUAUGGCGGCGCUUGGUUUUAUUGGACACUUGGUCAAUGUAAAUGUACAAAAAAAAUGUACUACAAAAUUUAGACUAUCUUUACGAAAUCUCAGCGGGAUAGUCUAAUUUUGUAUAAAAAUACAUGCAUGCCAUAUAUGCAUUCCAAUGCCUAAACCAAAGUAAGAAUUGUCUACAAGUGUAAUACAUUACACCAAGGUUAAUACUAAUAGCUUCCUUGAUAACACCCUGUACUGUAGUACUCUAUGCAUUUAAACCAGCUUACAGUGCAAUUCUUAUACUUUAACAUUCCAGAUAUUCUGCACACUAAUGCACCUAUAUAUUUGUAGCAUAUUGUCUAGUUUGCUAGUAAAUAAUGUCUGUAAAUAUGUUUAUCGCAUAUUUUGCUGAAGGCCCACAAGCCUGGGUCAUAUUUCAUCAUGUCUAUAGUGUACAGUUUCCUGCAUUCAGAAAUAUUUGUGUGCAAAUUUGUUUCGUCCACAGCUUUGUAUAUGUUGCAAGAAUGUGUCUUUUCUCAAGCUCAAUGUCACAAAGCAUGUUACUCAGGCAAGUGCAGAGAUUAUAAUGUUUUAAAGA